AUGUCAGACAACAAGCCACAGAUCCAGAAAUCCCAAAGACCAAGCUGGAUAAAUGCCCCCCAAAAACACACCUACGCGUAUCAUUUCCGAAUUGAAGAAAUCAAAGGGAUAGUGGGGAUAAUCCAUGCUGUAUCUCAGUUUGUUUUUGUCAUUAACCUGCCCUUUUGUGGCCCUAAUGAAGUAGAUAGUUUUUACUGUGAUUUUCCUCGCGUCAUGAAACUUGCUUGUGUAGACACUUACAAAUUGCAGUUCAUGGUCACUGUUAACAGUGGGUUUAUCUGUGUGGGUUCCUUCUUCAUACUCCUCAUCUCCUACGUCUUCAUCCUUUUUUCUGUUUGGAAACAUUCCUCCGGUGGCUCAUCCAAGGCCGUUUCCACCCUGUCAGCUCACAUCACUGUGGUCCUUUUGUUUUUUGGUCCAACCAUGUUUGUCUAUACAUGGCCACAUCCCAAUUCCCAAAUGGACAAAUUUCUUGCCCUGUCUGAUGCAGUUAUCACUCCUUUUCUGAAUCCAGUCAUCUACACGCUCAGGAAUAAAGAGAUGAAGGCAGCAGUGAAGAGAACUUUCAGACCAUUAAUGAUUUUUAGGAAGAUUUCAUAA